GCCGCCGCCGCCACCGCGCCGUCGUCGCGUCACCCAUGCCUCUGCCGCGCCGACGAUCGCCGCCGACGGGCCGGAAACGGGUGCCGCAGCGACGACGGAGGCCGUACUGAGGUGACGCGGGAAACGGACAGGUCGUGAGCGAGCGCGGUGAUCAGGUGACGCCAGCUGAGAGCGGGCGUUCCCAUGGGAGGAUUCAAGCUGUCGCAGCAGACACCGGCCAACAUGACCCGAGCUAAAGGAGUACCUGUCGUCACCGAGGCCCAUGCGGCGGAAGAGGCGGCGGGCGCGGACGGCGCGCAGCUGCAGCGCGCGCUCAAGCGCACGCGCCAGCACCUGCAGCUGCAAGAGACGCGCAGCCGACAGCUGGUGAGCGCCUGCGCCGCCAAACUGCGCGAGAAGCAAGCCGAGGCGGACCGGCUGGCAGCGCAGAAGGACAGACAGCUCCAGCGCAUCCUGCAGCAGCUGGCCGUGCUGCAGAGCAAGCUGAAGCGCGAGCAGAAGCUCAUCUGGCAGGAGAUGGCGGAGCGCGAUCAGCUGACGCAGCAGCAGGCUCGCGAGCUGGAGCGGCUGCGGCGCGCCAACCGGCGUCUGCUCGGCAAGGUGACGCGACUGUCGGCGCCGUGCGCCCGCUGCGGCACCAAACCCGACAGCGGCAUCAGCGACUGCGACGAGGCCGACGAUGGCGCGGCGCCCAAGGUGGCCAAGGUGGUCGGAGACGGGUCGCCCGACUCGGCGCUGGCCUCGUCCACCGGCGAAAGCAGCGACACCGCCAGUCCGCCCACCGCCGAGCGCGGCAUCAUGAAGAGCUCGCGCGAGACGCGCAAGGCCACACAGAAGACGGUCACUUUCUCGCUGCAUGAUAAGGAAAACAAGGAGAUGCAGCGCAAGCCCAAGCGGCCGCCGCUGCCGAUCAAGCCACGCCUCAUCUUGCCACCCAGCACCCACGGCGAUGGCAGCGCAAGCGGCAAACCUUCCAUCGUGGACACCAUCAGCCAGCUGCUGGGCGCGGACUUGGAGGCGGCCGGGGGGCGCCGGCCGCCGCCGCACAUGCUCUCCGUCAUCCCCGAGGAUCUGGAGACAUCGCGCGAGGAGCCAGCCGCGCGUCUGCACGCGGCCGGAGGUGCCGCAGGGCCCACCGGACAGAGUGCAGCGACGCAAAAGGCCGCAGAUACCGCGCCCGGUGGCGACACAGACGAUGAGGAGGAGCAGCAACAGAAGCCGCGCAACGCCCCCCGCUCACGAUCAAACAUCAACCUGAUCAUGAGCGAGCGCGAGGGCGUCAAGAUCAAAGACAAUUUCGAGGAGUUCAAAUUCGACGACGACCUGACGGGCAGCGCGUGCUCAGACACUGCCAGCGAGCGCAGCGCCGACAACGGCAGAGACCAGCAGAACAGCUUCGACCGGCGGGCGGGAGAUGGCGCAGAGUCCGUGUCGCCGGACCAACGACCACCGCCUGCCAAUUACGAUAAGUUUUUGGAGCAGUCUGGCCUGAGUCAGAAGUCAAUACGUACUCCGAAGCGCCUGUUUACUAACCACCGCUCGAUGCUGAAGCCGAGCGACGUCAAGUAUCGGCACCGCUCGAAGAUGUCUUUCGAGGGAUUCACCAUCGAGGACAUCUCGCCGACGAGCGUGCGGUACUACUCGGAGGAGUUAUAGCCGCCGUGUUGGCGCUGCCGUGCCGUGUAUUCGUAACAAACUCUGGGAACAGCUUCCGGGUCGGUGGACGUCCCGCCCUGUCCCGUGCGGUGAUCACCGAAUUCGUGAUAAUGAACGAGCCGUGGAGCGCUUAUUAUCGCCGCUAGCUCGAGCGGAUGGCGCGGUUUCUGUGGCGGAGUGUUACCCACCAGUGCGCACAGUCUGCGUGGCGAGGAUCGCGCCAACCACCGCCAGUGGUACGGCCGUGCAUCCGCCGCCAGCGACAGCGAGGCCGACGGCCGGCCGCCAGCUCCGCCUCUCCAGCAGAGGUCGAUGUCUGGACGGCGCCGCCCGGGCGCCUCCCUGCAGGGUUCGACAGUGCCCACCCGUACAACAGCCGCCGGCUAGCCUUAGACUUAUGCUGGCCGCCGCACUCGAGAUCGCCCGGCGUCCGUUACCGUAGUCAAUGCAAGGAAAUAGACGCGUGUACAUGGGAUGGUGUGUUUGCUCACGCGCCCACCGAAAAAGGUGGCGCAGAGAGGUGAGGUAAUCGCGCGUCCGCGUGCCGCGGAGGAACACAGCCGCGUCAGACAUGGUCCGUCUACGGUGGAUCAGUUGACCAUCGAAAGAUACAUACCACUGACUCAUAUAUUAUGUCGCAUAAAUGUAAUGAAUCACGUCACAAAAUACAAGGUAUGCAUUUCCGAUACAUUACAGCACGGA